AUGGAGGAUGGUGGCGGAGGAGGCUAUGUAGACGGAGGAGCUGGAGGAUACAUCGGUGGCGGAGGAGGAGCCUAUGUAGAUGGAGGAGCUGGAGGAUACAUCGGUGGCGGAGGAGGAGCCUAUGUAGUCGGAGGUGCUGGAGGCUACAUCGUUGGCGAAGUCGGAAUUGGCGGCGGAGGUUACAUAGGCGGAGGUGCAGGAAUUGGUGGAGGUGCGGGGAUUGGUGGAGGUGCCGGAAUUGGUGGAGGCGCCGAAAUAGGAGCUGGAGGCUACAUCGGUGGAGAAACCGGAAUUGGCGGCGGAGGAUACAUUGUAGGUGGAGGAGGAGGCUAUGUAGACGGAGGUGCUGGAAGUUACAUAGGCGGAGGUGCUGGAAUUGGCGGAGGUGCCGGAAUUGGUGGAGGUGCCGGAAUAGGUGGAGGCGCCGGAAUUGGUGGAGGUGCCGAAAUAGGCGCUGGUGGUUACAGCGGUGGUGGAGCCGGAAUUGGCGGAGGAGGUUACAUUGGCGGCGGAGGCGGAGGUUAUAUAGGCGGAGGUGCUGAAAUUGGCGCCGGUGCAGGUGUUUACAUUAGUGGAGAUGCCUCUUCUCGCGGUUACAUUCAAGGUUCUGGUUUUCGUGGCAGUAGGUUAGUAGUAGAGCCGAGUGGCUAUGAAACUGAUGUAUCUUAUAUUUCCCAUAGUAGCGUUGGCGACAGCGAUGACACCAUGGUUUCGGCUAAACACUACGAUCGAUACUUUAUCUAUCAUGAAGCUUAA